AUGGCAAUUCCAGAAACUCAAAAAGCUUUAGUCUUCGAAACCCCAGGUGGACCAAUCCAAUUCAAAGACCGCCCAGUCCCCAAACCAGGUCCCAACGAACUCCUUCUCAAAAUGAAAUACUCUGGUGUUUGUCAUAGCGACCUCCACGCCUGGAAAGGUGAUUGGGCAAGACAAGCCUCCAUGCCCCUUGUAGGUGGUCAUGAAGGUGUUGGACAAGUCGUCGCCAUGGGUUCAAAUGUCCAAGGAUGGAAAAUUGGUGAUUAUGCUGGGGUCAAAUGGCUUUAUAGUACUUGUCAACACUGUGAUUAUUGUCAAGACGGGGACGAUCCAUGUUGUCUUGAUCAACAAGUUUCUGGAUAUACCCAUGAUGGAUCAUUCCAACAAUAUGCGGUUGCUGAUGCAAUUCAAGCACCAAAGAUUCCCAAGGGUGUUGAUUUAGCUUCGGUUGCGCCUAUCUUAUGUGCCGGGGUUAGUGUUUAUGCUGCUUUGCAAAGUAGUGGACGUAAAGCUGGUGAAUGGAUUUGUGUCAGCGGUGCUGGCGGAGGAUUGGGUUCUCUUGCUGUUCAAUAUGCCAAAGCUAUGGGGUUCAGAGUUGUUGGUGUCGAUUGUGGUGAAGAAAAGGAAGCAUUCGUUCAGGAAUUAGGAGUUGAUGCUUAUGUUGAUGCAGCUAAGGAAAAGAAUGUAGCUGCUACUGUCAAAUCUGUAACUGGAGGUGGUGCCCAUGCUGUUCUCAAUGUAUCAACUGCAACUAGUGCCAUGCAAGACUCGUUAGAUUUUAUUAGACCAAGAGGUACUGUUGUUCUUCUUGGAGUUCCAGGUGGUGAAUCCAAUCUUUCUGUGAAUGUUCAUGAUACUGUUGCUUUCUGUUAUUCCGUUAAAGGAUCAGCAGUUGGUAAUAGAAAGCAAACACAAGAAGCUAUCGAGUUGUUCGGUCGUGGUUUGAUUAAGUGUCCAAUUAAGAUUAUUGGUAUGCGUCAAUUACGUCAAGUAUUUGAAUUGAUGGAAGAACGUAAGAUUAUGGGAAGAUAUGUCUUGGAUCUUAGUUAUUAG